ACGCACCGUGUUACAGCGUACUAGUACAGCGGUGAGUGACAGUGGUGCUCCACGGUAGCCACUCCACUCCACGGUACACCACGAGAACAGAGCCGAGCAGGGCUAGGGGUGGGGGGACAGACAGACAGGCGGACAGAUGCAGCAGGACGGGCUGUGUGCUCUGAGAUGUGCCGUAAAUGGGAUUAAAUCGCUCGGAAACACUCGCUCUGGUAAUAGUAGUAGUAGUAGUGGAGAGUAGGGGGAGCUGCGCCGCGUGCGCUCGUCAGUGUGCGCGUGGAAAACUUGCCCUGGUCCGUCCGCAGAAGAGCGUAAAAACACCCUAAAGAAGAAGAAAACUAGCGACACUUGCAGUUAUCAGCAAACCCUCGUUCAGCUUUUUUGACCUGCGGUGCUGUGAGGAGCAGCGCCGACCUCCGUCUCCUCUCACAUGCCUGCGUUGAUGGGGGAGACAGGGAGGGGAGCGGAGCCGGGGGAUGUUUGAAGCUCCACUCUAAACUUGCAGAAAUACUACGAGAGAAAUUCAGAAGUGUUUGUUUUUGUUGGGACGCACGGGAGUGGUCAUGGAGAGCCAGGUGAGCGAGCAGCACAGCUCCGAGGACGUGCGGCGGAGCGGCUACCUCCGCAAGCAGAAGUCCAUGCACCGGCGCUACUUCGUGCUCCGCGCCGCCUCGGAGCGCGGUCCGGCCCGGCUGGAGUACUACGAGAGCGAGAAGAAAUUCCGCGGCAAGGCCCCCGUCCCGAAGAAAGUGGUGGCGCUGGAGACGUGCUUCAACAUCAACAAGCGGGCCGACUCCAAGAACAAGCACAUGAUCGUGCUGUACACCCGGGCCGAGAGUUUCGCCAUCGCCGCGGAGAACGAGACGGACCAAGACGAGUGGUACCAGGCCAUGGUGGAGCUGCAGUGCAAAAGUAAGAAUCCCACCGACAGUGGAGCUGCGGGGGACUAUGGAGUACCUAAUCCUGGACCUGCUUUCAAAGAGGUGUGGCAGGUGAAGGUGUGGCCCAAAGGCCUGGGUCAGGCAAAAAACUUGGUUGGUAUCUACCGCCUUUGCCUGACUGACAAGACAGUCAACUUUGUGAAGCUCAACUCUGACGCUGCUGCCGUGGUGCUGCAGCUCAUGAACGUGAGACGCUGUGGCCAUUCAGAAAACUUCUUUUUUGUCGAGGUGGGACGCUCUGCCGUGACAGGCCCGGGCGAGUUCUGGAUGCAGGUGGAUGAUUCAGUGGUGGCCCAGAACAUGCAUGAAACCUUACUAGAGGCCAUGAAAGCACUAAGUGAGGAGUUUCGCCAGCGCAGCAAGUCUCAGUCAAACUCUGGCCCUGGAGGAGGUGCCACUGCUUCCAACCCCAUUAGCGUUCCCUCACGCCGCCACCACCCAAACCCUCCUCCCAGUCAGGUCGGCUUCACCCGCCGGCCAAGAACUGAGCCUCCUGCAGGAGCGAACAGUGGAGCAGCAGUCAGCAAUGCCAAUGCUUCUCCCACCCCCCGGCAUAGCUUUCCAAGAUCUCGCACUGCUAGUGAUGGGGGGAAAGGUGAGGAUGGGAUAGCAGGGACCACACUGCUACAUAGCAUGAAUUCCAGCCCCUCCACCAAUGGCUCUUGUUCCACCACCCCAAUCCUCAGAUCGAAGUCCGCCCGUUCAGCGCCCAACACGACUACUAAAACUCCUCUUGGGUUGAUGCGCUCCAUUUCCACCCCAGCGCCCUCUCCAGCCCCAAGUCUCUCCUCUGGCUCUGGGCAUGGCUCUGAGUUUGGAGGUGUAACAUCUUCUGCUGGUGCUGGUCCUGGGUCUGGUGCCUACAGUCGGCUGCCCUCUCACCGAGCCUCUGUCUCAGGUUCACCCAGCGACUAUGGCUCAUCAGACGAGUACGGUUCUAGUCCUGGGGAUCACACGCUCCUCCCCUCCCCAAGCCUCCCUGGAAGCUCUGUUGGUAGUGCCGGCAGCCAGUCCCUUGGUGAUGAUGGAGCCAACUAUAUCCUAAUGGGCCAGCGUAGUGGUGGUGGCAACAGUAAUCAAGGAAGCGUGACGUCCAGCUCCUUACCCGCACCAGGAACACCAACCUCUAGCUCCCAACCGCAGACCAGGAGAGUGCUCCGUCGCUCUUCCAGCCGUGAAUGUGAAGCUGAACGGAGGCUGUUGAGUAAGCGGGCUUCUUUACCUCCUAUGGCUUUGGAAAGGCUGGCACCACGACAACGCAGAGCUGAGGAGCCAACAGAGGAAGAUUCUGCUGAUUAUGCCAUCAUGUCGAGGAGCACCAGCCGAGAGUCUUUCACGUCCACUUGCUCUUCUACACACAGGGAAUCUGGCAUGGGUGCUGGGUCAGCAGGGGCAGGAGGAGGGUACUUGGAUGUCGCAGUGGAGUUCAAAGCUGAGGGCGGUGGAGGAGCAGGUGGUAACGUAGAUUUAGGGGUGGACAAUGGGUACAUGUCCAUGCUGCCUGGAGUCACUCAGCCUCCAGUAUCCCUUUCCCAGUCAAUGGCCGUCUCUGUCCCUGACUCAGAUUCCAAACCUGCUGAUGAUUACAUGGCCAUGACUCCUAACAACAGCGUGUCUCCUCCACAGCAGAUCCGACCUCCACCAACUGCUGAUGGCUAUAUGAUAAUGUCUCCCAAUAGCAGCUGCUCCCCUGACCAGCGUGGAGGUCUUUCUGGAGGGGCUUGGGUGGGCAGUGGCAGUGCAGACAGCAGAGCAGGCAGUGACUAUAUGAACAUGUCUCCAAUUAGCGCUCGUUCUGUAAAUGGCAGCCCCCCACCUCCUGAGCAUACCGGCCAUUUGGAGACCAAUUCCCAACAACAAGCACCCAAAAUGGUGUAUUCUUACUAUUCCCUUCCCCGGUCAUACAAACAUAACCCCUCAGCUGGACACUUUGAUGAUGGGCCUGGACGAGGCAGAAGACCCAAUGGGAGUUGUAGCAGGGGAGUAGGUGGAGGUAGAACUAUGGGAGGGCAUCAGGAGCAACCAGCAGCUGGUAAUUCUGUGGUUGGACGCCACCUGUCACUCUCCUCUUCCUCAUAUUCUUCCAGCUCAGCCAGCAGCGAGAGCCUCGGGGAGAGUGAGGACCGGACUACUCAGACACUGAGUAACAUGACUGGUGGAACUCAGUCCAAAGAUGUAUGCUCUGGUAAGCUCCAGCAGAGACGGGGAUCUGGUGGGUUAUCCAAGCAGGGUAGCCAUACCAGAAGCAGACCAGUGAGCCUCUUUGUCGAUGUAUCCAAGGCUAACACCCUUCCUAGGGUCCGUGAGAACCCUCUGCCUCCAGAACCUAAGAGCCCUGGGGAGUACGUAAGCAUAGAGUUUAAGGGGGAGAAGUGCAGCCAGACUGGGGUUGGAGGAGGACGUGGUAGAGGUCUUAGGCAUGGCCUAUCAUUGCCUCAUGGCUCAAGCAACCAGCAUCCUCAGCACAGACCAAACUCUUGCUUAGGUAACUUCAUACCCCUCUCCCGUAGUCCCUCCGCCCCUAUCACUCCCCCAGCUGCCUCCGAAUAUGUCAACAUGGACCUGGGCCCUUCACCCUCCCCUUCACCCCUCUCUCUUACCCCACUAGUUUUCCCUUCUUUCCACACCCCUCCCACGCCGCCAACUCUUGCCCAUGCCCCUAAAGCAUCUAAUGAGGAUGCUACUGGCCCUCAUGAAGAGGAGGCUGAAGUGGCUGACGCCUCACUUAGAAAAAGCAGAGAGAACGUUCCAUCCGUGACUGAAUCUGAGUCCCCUACAUCCUGUGGUGACUACACUGAGAUGGCCUUCAGCUUGAAUAGCAACACUGUCUCUCGAUCAACAUCUAGUGUUUCCCCCAAAGUCCCGUCUCCCAGCAGUACCGAUCCCUCUGUUCCAGUGUUGUCACGGGGUCUAGACUUCCCCCUAGCCAAAUCAGGACCCAAUCCAGACCAGGGGGCUAAAGUUAUCCGGGCUGACCCACAAGGACGCAGACGACACUGCUCAGAAACCUUCCUUGCCUCACCUUCCCUCCCCACCUCUACCUCUACUUCGUCUUCGACUGCCUCCCUCUUUCCAGAACACACCCAAGCUGUGGCCCGCCGGCUAGGGUUUGAUAGCAUGCUGUGGGGGAAUGGUGCUGUGACUGAUCCUCCCACCCAAUUUCCCCUUCCUGGACAGCAGUUGGUUCCCACAAACACUCAGACCUCAUCCACAGAACAAGGCCUUAACUACAUAGACUUGGACUUGGCCAACAAAGAGAGCCCUCAUCUGGGUCUGGAUGGACCCUCUGGAAGUCAGGCGCCGUCUCGCCUCUUUUCUGUACUGGGUGCAGGUUCUGGGGUCGUGGGAGUGGGUGCAGCAGUCAGCAGCAGCAACAGCUCCAGCCUAAACACGUACGCCAGCAUCGACUUCUACAAAUCAGAGGAGUUGCGGACACAUCAAAAUGGAAAUAAGGAAGGAACAGAGUGCUGAUGUCAGUGCGUCGUCCUUGGGGAAACAAUCUGGUACCACUCAGGGCUUCGAAGCUCCGCCUGUUCCUAUUGUGACAGCCAAUCACGUCCAGAGAGCAGCUGGAUUGGACGCACCCCUGAAGCACUUUGACAGAGAAUGAUGGAUUUUUUAAAUUUUGUUUUUCUUCUCUUCGCUUUCAUCUACUUGGUUGUGGAAACCAACAGGGAUGUGUGCCAAAUGACAUUCUUCUAAAGCUAUUUGCUGCUCUCAUUCCUCGAGUGAAAGCCAAUCAGAGAAGGGUACAAAAAUGGAGAACAGUGUUUUGGUUGUUUUGUUGAUUUUAUUUUUCCUAAUUGAAAAAGUGAAAUCGCUAAAGAGUACAAUGGUGGGUGACUAGUGUGUGAAAAAGAAGAUAUACAGAAUUAUAUAUCUGCUCAAAAAGUGCCUCAUUUUCAGAUUGUAGCCAUUUUACAAAGAACUGCAACGUAGCGUCGACUAACUAUAGCUUUGGGUUGUCAUUUUCGUGCUUGAUUUAAUGUAGUUUCCAAAAAAAUGCAACAGAAAAUACUGGUAAGUGGGGCUUUUUCUGCGUUCAUGUUAUAUGGGGUGGAUGUUAGGAAAGCAAAGACAGCAGCAAUGAAAACAUGAAGUUUGAGCUUCUAGAGUAUACAGCAGAAGUCAGUAAAUAACAGUGCAAAAUCCCCCAAAAAAAUAUUUCAAAAAGACAGUUAUAGGUAGCAUCAUGAAUGCUGUGGAUGUACCAAACCAUUGGCUGACAAGAUGACUCCCAGUCUGCAGAAGCUUUGCAGAAGAGGAAUAUUCCAGCAGUAUAAUCAUGCCAAGCACAGUUCCAAGAUGGCACAAGAGUUUUAACGGAGAGUAUAGUGUUGCCUGACUUGAAUCCAACAAGAGUCCUUUGGGGUGUUUUAAAGAGAAAGUCAGAUCCGCAACACCCCUCCAGCAAAAAAACAACAAUGUAUCUGAAGAAUUGGCAGAUCGUCUGUCCAGAUACAAUCAAUCUGAACUAUUAGGUUAUAGCUUUACAUAAGUGCAACUUGGAAGUAAUGCAGUUAUUGUAAGGUGAUACUAUUUUAUAUCAUUGGACAUUUAAUUGAUUUUGCACUGACGUGCACUCACAUGUCUUGUCUACUGUGUAUUUAUUUGGACAAAAGUGCUACAAUAGAUAUAGCUUUUCCUAACUUUUAUGUUGCCAUAAACCCUAUGUAGAAGACAGAAACCUGGAAUCACAAGAAAUCCAGUAUGACAUGAACGCAGCAUUUUAUUAAUAAUAAUAAUGGUACUAGCAAUCUGCUAGCCUCCCUUUCUACUGUGAGAAAUAUCAGCAUAGCUGCUGUUAGCUAACUGCUCAUUAGUGUGUCGCGUUUCUUCUUUAAAUCCUUGUUUUCUUUUUCUCCUGACUUCUCUUACUGCUUAGGUUUCUUGAGCCAUAAAUGAAAGUAUUGAAUACAAAGGCUUGAAAUAAAAAAUACUUGUAGCAGGGAAUAUAGUAGCUUGCUUGCUAGUUAAAGCCAGGUAGAUCAGAUUAACAUAUUAGCAUCGUGCCAGGAUGUAAAUUCAGGGUCCUGCUGACUACAGCUCAGGGUUAGAUCCCUGAUAUAGAGCCAAGCAAUCCCAUUAGUGCUAUUAGUUCCAGACACUUGUGUCUCACUUAAUCCCCUUCAUCUCAGGAUGCUAAAUAACAUACAGUACAUACAGCUUAGGACAGAGACCCUAUCAAUAGCCAUUCUAAUGCUAGCUUUGUAGCCGUCAGCACACUGCGUAUAGCACUUGAAAAGGGGUCAGUUCUCAUUUUACUUAUGUGAAUAUAAAAUCAAUCAUGUGUUCUCAGUUAUUUUAUACACUACCAAACAGUUUUAUUUUAGUAUUUUUUCUUUACAUUUUUUUCUUUUAAACUGGUUGAAUUGAAAGUGCUUUGGCCCCAAAUCCUUCUUUAAGACUCUGUUUCUAUCACCUUCUCCCUCCCUCCUCUUUUGCUUACUUUAAUCUUUGCUAUGCAUUCGCACUUAAGUGCCUGUCUGUCCUAUUUGUCAGUCUUUCUCUACUCCACUUUAGCAACUAGCACUACUACAGUUGUCCUAGCAGAAUAUAUCAAGACUAUUUUUGUGGCUAUUUUUGUCUCUUUUGAUGUACAGUUCUCCUAAAUUGUUUGUUCGUGUGUUCGGAAUGGCACCGAUCUAUGAAAUGACUUGACUGACAGCCAUUGCCCUAAUCCGAGGAGUUUUCAACUGUUUCUCUUUGCCAAUAAUGGAGGACUUAAUCGUUGGGGGGCCGUCAGUGCCAAAUACAACAACAACAAUAAAAACUAAGCAUCUCUGACAGAACCUCAAGAAGCAACUUUUGGCUCUAAAGUCUGGACACAUUGCUUUGUCUUGUUUUAAAAGUGUAACCUUUCAUGUUUCCUCGUCGUUUUCUUUCGCAGCGUGGUAAAGAACUGUGACAUAUUGCCUCGCAGUCUGCUGACGUGACUCUCUGAGAUAAAGGUCAUUGUGACGACUGCUUGGACCCGAUUAUAAAAGAAUCUACGAAGAGGAAGAAAUGGCCGCCACUGAAAACAACAAAAUCAUAAUGUUAAAUACAUGUGUAUUUGUGUAGCUCCAAGUAUUACUCCUGUUUGUCUGCCUGCCUUCAGAAGUUCAUGAACUUUCUCAUUCUGGUCACGUGACUUUCAGGGCCUAGAGCAUAACAAUGCAGCUUUAUUGUGAGCAGAUUGGGAACCACUGUUGGAAUUGUCCCUAAUCAUGGUUACUAAUUCAGAAGUGGAAGAAAACCACAUUCGACACGUAAAUCCAAGACUUUCCAGCAGACUUGCAGGCAAACACACGUUGAUAAAUUCAAAUGUUUCUAAUGUAUUUUGGAGAUGUUCUCAUGUAACUCAGCCAAAACACAAAUGCUUGAAGGUACCUGUAGCUUAGAAAGAAAGCGCACAAACAGACUUUCAAUCCUAACAAGCAGACAUCGUUAUCCUACCAUUUGCCCCUUCAAGCUCUGAGCAUCUCAUGAACUUUUGGUAUUUUGCUUUGUCAAACUGCCUGCAGUCUUCUUCUUCUUUGGCUGCCCGUGGUGGUCGCCGCCGCAUAUCGUGAGUCAAGAUUCUUUCGGAGAACUCAGGCAAACAGGGGGUUCAGCAGUUUUAAGUGGCUGUAUGAUAUCAUUCAUUGCAUUGUUACCGAAUUUAGUCGUGUUCAUAAAAUGUGCAGAAAAGUGCUGCUGCUGUUCUGAAUUGUUUUAUCUAUUCCUCCUGUUCCCCUGAGGAUGGUACUGAAUGGGGAUAUUGUGAGGUUUGCCAUUGAUGUAGACAGUUUUACUUAUGUUGCUUGAGGAAAAAAAAAUCUGACUAAAUGGAAAAAAAGUCAUACAACAAAA